AUGAUUUCUUAUAGUGGACUGGAAAAAUCGGAAGUACAUUGUAACAUGAUUCGAGGAAUUAAAAUAUGGAAUUCAAAAGGGUUUACUUUAGAACCCUACAUCACAUCCCUUCAAUUGGUCAGCAAUUAUACUUCUGCAAAAGCAGCUUCCAAUGUACAACAAUUACCAAGACUUCCUGUACCUAAGCUUGAGGAUACAUUACACAAGUUUUUUAAAACUGCUCAGCCUUUUCUUAAUGACGAAGAAUAUUCUAAUACUUCUAAUCUCUUAGAAGAUUUUGCUUCGGUUGGAGGAAUUGGCCACAAGUUACAGAAUUUAUUGGAAGAUAGAGCAACUAAGCACCAAAAUUGGUUGGAAGAAUGGUGGUUGAACACUGCAUAUUUGGGUUAUCGUGAUCCAGUUGUUGUAUUCUCUAGUCCUGGCUUAGUCUUUCCAUUUCGGAAAUUUAAUAGCCAAACAGAACAGUUGCAAUAUGCAGCCAAAACCUUACUUGCUGCGUUUGACUAUAAGUCACUUAUUGAUAAUAAUGAAAUACCUGUGGAGAUGAUGGGAAAAAGUCCUUUAGAUAUGUCUCAGUAUAAAAAAAUAUUUGGUACAUGCCGUAUUCCACAACCUAACAGAGAUAAGCUAUCUUAUAAUGAUAGCAAGUAUGUAACCGUAAUCCACAAUAAUCAUUUAUUUCACCUAGAUUUGUGGGGAAAUGACGGGAAGAGACUUAGUGUUGAUCAAAUUGUUCAAGGUUUGAUAAAGAUAGUAGCGGCCUCCCCAUCUCCUGCUAAAGAUGCAGUUGGCAUCCUCACUUCUGAAAAUCGGGAUACCUGGGCUAAGGCAUAUCAACUUUUGAGUAAAGAUGCGGAAAACCGCCGUAGCUUAUUGGAUGUGGAACGAAGCGCAGCCGUGUUGUGUUUGGAUGCGCCAUGCGGCUUAUGGCGUACAAAGGAGGAAGACCAACGCUCGCUGGCUGCUGCUCACACGAUACACGGGGCUGGCUCCAACGCCAACGGUGCAAAUCGCUGGUUUGAUAAAACAAUUCAGUUUAUAGUUGGCGCUGACGGUAUAACAGGACUUACCUAUGAGCAUUCUCCUGCUGAAGGACAACCAAUCGCGAUUUUAACGGAUUAUAUAAUCAAUUACAUAGAUAAAAAUACUGUGUCUGAAGAGUCAUCAUCAUCUCCAAUAGAGCCCGUGCAACUGAAGUUUACUGUAACAAGUGAAGUUUCCCGAAUGAUUGAUGAGGCCAAAUACAAUUUGGACAAGCUGGUAGGAGACCUCGAGUUAAACUGUUUUCAAUUUGGUCAAUACGGAAAGAACUUUAUCAAGUCGCAGAAACUUAGUCCAGACAGUUAUCUUCAAAUGGCGAUGCAAUAUGCAUUCUACAGAUUGCAUAAGACGCCCGGUGCCCACUAUGAAUCAGCGGCGACUCGGAUGUACGUCGGCGGACGUACAGAAACCAUUCGCUCAUGCUCAGUAGAAUCCAUCGAGUUCGCCAAAACUAUGUUACAAGAAAAAGCCACGGCCAAGGAAAAACUAAAUGCUUUAAAGAAAGCUGUCAGCGCGCACAAAGACUACACUGUCAUGGCCCUACAAGGCUUUGGAGUUGAUAGACAUCUACUGGGCCUCAAACUCAUCGCUGUGGAAAAUGGAUUUGAAGUACCGAAACUCUAUUCUGAUCCCGCCUACACAAGAAGUGCGCACAUGAGAAUAUCUACGAGUCAGGUGGCGUGCAAGUGUGACGGUUUUAUGUGUUACGGGCCACUCGUGGACAACGGUUACGCGACGUGCUACAACCCGAGGAACGAUGACGUCAACUUUGCGACAGCGGCCUUCCGUGCUCACCCCGACACUUCCUGUGAAGCCUACCGCCAAGCUCUUGAAAGUUCCCUGCGAGACAUGCACGAUCUUUUACUUCAAAACACACAAUCCAAGCUCUAA